AUGGCUCCCCAUCGCAUCACGAAGAAGAAAGAUCAUAAAAACAGUUUUCUAGAAAGCAUCCAUGCUCGAAACCUCUUGUACAACGAUUUUCGAUUCAAGAGCACAAGAGACGCAGUCCAUCAAGCUAUCAGCAUUCACAUUGAAUUGGUGGCACAGGAAUUUCAGCCUUAUCUAGACAAGAGUCCAGAAAAGAUCAUUGAACUCCUCCGGCAGUUGAUUGUGCGAAACAGGGCUAACUUUUGUCCUCCGGAGGUUGAAGAUGCGGACAACGAAAAAAUACCAGAGACACCUAUGAUUACUGGUACCCAUAUCACCACCCUAGCGCCCGUCAGCCAAAAAGAGCUUGUCGUUGGUGAGACAUCUCCGAGCACCCCUGUGAGUGCCAUCCAAGAGGAGCUGUUCAUCGUCGAUUCACCUCUCGUCAACCACGUGAGUAUCAAACAAGAGAAGAUUGAAAUUCCUCCCGCACCUCCAAUCAAAGAAGGACCUUGGUCCAGUGAGGAACGAAGCAACGAAGCCUCGGACUUGGAUGAUCUCGGAGUUGAAAUCAAGCUGGAACUUUCUGCAGAAGAGCUACGUACUGUGAGCGGUAGCCCGAGAAGGCUCCAAUCACCUGGAUUUCGCAGGGACAAGAUUCUAGCUGCUCGUCAGGUGCCAACUAUAAAACAGCUCUAUCAAGAUGGCUAUCUUACCCCCGUGUCUGAUCCAAUCUUCCAGCCAUCCCAUGAUCUGAACCGGGUUUUCUCCCUUUUUCAGUACGACAUCGAAAAGUUGCAGACCGAUUGUCGAGUCAUACUAAACAAGUCAGUCCGUAAUGGAACGGGCGUCGAAACGGCUGAGCUCGAUUCGGUCUCCCACGAGUUUCCCAUUCACGCCAACAUAAACGUCGGACAAUCCAGGAUCGUCAAGGCGCAUCAAAGUCCCUAUGAGAUGACCAUCUAUACCGUAUGUCCUGUGUACGAUGUUGGGGAUAUUAAAAAAUCGAUACGACUCCUCCGCUUGUGUUACCAGAAUAUGUUCGAGCUUGCUGAAAGAAAUAUGAUGGACAGUAUCUCCUUGCCACCACUCGCUGCCGAGUUUGGAUUCCCCGCCAGAGAGGCAGCAGAGCUCACGCUGGCCGCCAUUAGCAAGUAUUUGAACACCGAGUAUUCGUACGAAGCCACUCUUCGACGAGUGAUCAUCUGCGGCCUCAAUGAAAUCGAAAUAGAGCCAUACCGGAAAGCCACUCCACUAUUCCACUCCACCAUGCCCCUCGUCGUCCCUGGAUUGACCAACGCUUCGACGAACGACACGGACAAUAAGCAAGAAUGGCUCAACAAGCUGGCGGGGAAGAAGAUCAGCGACUCGCCAAGUGAUGUUAACACGUUCGCGAAGAAAGAUUUACCCGAAUCGCAUCGGAUUAUCAAGCCAGGUGAUGCUAUGACAAUGGACUAUAGACAAGAACGAUUGAAUAUUCACCUAGGCGAAGAUGAUAUUGUGCAUGAUGUCAACUUCGGUUAA